AUGGCCUCGCCAUCGUCCGGCUCGCAGCCGAGUGCGGGCGGCAUCAACCAGAUGGCUUUUUGUCACGAGUGCGGCAUCGAGAUCCGCCCGCUCAUGACGCCCGACCCCACCUGUCCACGCUGCAACGGUCAGUUCGUCGAGAUCAUUGAUCAAGGUACCGCUACCCAUCCGGCCGACUUUUUCGACGAUCCCGACGAAGAUGACGACUUUCCCUUUCAGCCUUUGCAUCCACACGCCAGUCGUGCCGGCGCAGCACCCUCAAUCGCCUUCGGCGCGCCUACCGGUGGUCAGGGGCUCGGCGGGCUGCUGAUGGCGCUGGCGUCAGGUGCCGCACGCGCGCAAGAAGGAGCCAACCGCACACAACCUUCCAGCUCGUCGGGUGCGCAGUCAGAUUCAAACGCUGCAGCGCCAGCGCAGGAGCCACGGUCUCGAGAGUCGGAAUCACAGUCUACAACACGCUCGGGCUCCACAUCCUUUGGCCCGCUCGGUCUGCAGUGGAACGUCCAGUAUGGCUCGGGCGGGGGAGAUCCGUACCAGCGCGCGGCGCAGCAGCAGCAGCAGCAACAGCAGCAACAACAGCAACAACAGCACGACAUGCGCACUCCACCGACGCUGUCCAACUUUCUUCGUUUUGCUUUCGGCGAGCCCGCACAGCCAGACGACGACCACGUGCAUGACGACGGCAUGGGUGGUGCCGGCAGCGCUGCGGACGGCCGACGCUUCAACCACGACAACCGCGGCACCGGCACCUACCACCAGCCGCCGCAAUCGCCGCAGGCGCGCACCGACGAGCUGCCGCCCGAGCUCGCUGCGCUGCGCAAUCUCUUCACGGGCCUAUUUGGCGAGCCGGGUGCACCAGGGGGCGGAGGAGGGUCGCUGCUCGACGUGCUGGCGGCAGGUGCGCACGGCGGGCCGCGCGGGCAGUGGGGCGACUACGUGCUCGGCCAGCAGGGGCUCGACGACAUCAUCAGCCAGCUCAUGGAGCAGACGCAGGGAUCCAAUGCCCCGCCCCCCGCGUCCGAGGAGGUCAUCGAAAAGCUCGAGCGAUUCACACGCGAGGAUACGGAGAGGAUCCAACGUGCAAAGAAUCAGGACUGCCCCACGUGCAAGGACGACUUUCUCCCCACGCCCGACGACAGGCAGGAGGAAGGGGAGGAGGCGGAACAGCAGGAGGAGUUGGUGUCCAUGCCGUGCGCGCACAUCUUUCACGAGGACUGUUUGGUGCCCUGGCUCAGGCUGCACGGCACGUGUCCCGUGUGUAGGGUGAGCAUCGCCAAGCCGCGCGGUGAGGGCGAUGCUAGUGCUGCAGGUGGCAGUACAGAUGCGCGAGGGGCAGAUACGCAGGACGGAGAUGCGGUGGAUGCAACGGGGAGUGUUCCUGGAGGGUGGCCUUCACCGCCGAACCCGUUCAGUGCGUUCUUCAUCACGGCAUUUGGCAGCGGUAACGGCAACGGCAACGGCAACACGCUUUCCGGCACCGGUAAUGGCUACGGCAACGGCAAUGGCGGUGGGGAUGCGAGGGUUUCGCACGACUCGCGCGGGACGACGACAACCACGUUCCAGACGCAGCCACCUGCGUCGACUACGAUCACGUCCACCGUGUAUCCGUCGCCACCUGCCACGGCUGGAGGGACGAACGGGGUGGAGGUGAAUGCGAUCGUAUCGAGUCCGCCUCUGGUGGAUGAUCGCGACGACUUCUUCCCGCAACAGCAGGAGGGUGAGAGUAGGGACGAGAUGCGGGAUCGGAUUCGACGUGCGACCGAGGCGCGCAUGGGUGGACCCACAUUGGAGCCGGAUGAACUGGACUAG